AUGUUAAAGAAAAAGUUUAGUUUGGGUCGUCAAAAAAUUCCUAUUGAAAAAAUACCUAAAAAAAGUCAUUUACAAGUUACAUUUUCUAAGCGCCGUUCUGGACUUUUUAAGAAGGCUAGUGAGCUUUGCACUCUUUGUGGGGUGGAAAUUGCAAUUGUGGUUUUCUCUCCGGCCAAUAAGGCAUUCUCAUUUGGCCAUCCAGAAGUCGAGUCUAUCAUUGAUCGUUAUCUUAGUCGAAACCCUCCACAAGAGUCUAGUUCUCACCAGCUUGUUGAGGCUCAUAGAAAUGCUAAUGUUCGCGAUCUCAAUGUGCAACUAACUCAACUUCUUAGCCAUCUUGAGAUUGAGAAGAAGCAAGGGGAAGAGAUAGAUCAUGUGAGAAAAGCUAGGCAAAUGCAAUUUUGGUGGGAAAGCCCUGUUGAUGAACUUGGCUUGAAUGAAUUGCUCCAAUUAAAGGUUUCUAUUGAGGACCUCAGGAAGAAUCUUGGAAAAAUUGCUAGCAAAUGCAUGAUGGAACAAUCCAAUGUUUCUUCAUCAAAUAUUGGAGCUAAUGGAUUUUUAGGUGUAGGGAUUAAUAUUGCUUCCCCACUUCCUAAUAGCUAUUAUCUAGGUUUUCGAAUUUGA